AUGAAGGUGACUUACGAGGAGCUCAAGCUAAUCACACAGUCAUUGACCCACCUCGAAUGUUUCAAGAAAAAGGAUAUUAAGAGAAUAUUCACAAUUCUGUUUGCAUUUUUUAUGCAACCGAUGUCGGGAGUCACCUUCAUUUCCUCGUAUUCUACCCACUAUUUCCAGCACACAGGGUGGUCUACCCAAUGUUCAUAUCAGUUGAGUUGUGGCGGUCAGGCGUUGUCGGUCACUGGUGUCAUUACGUCAUGGUUCAUCAUCGACUGA